AGAGAAACUCUAUAAAGCAAAGAAAGUAGAAUAAAUAAUAUAAGUAAGAGAGAUAACUGUAAUAAAUACUUACGUUACAUUACCGCGCCUUCGUACCAUCGAAAGUAGUACGGAAGUAUAUUUAUAAUUACUGAACUAAACCUUAUGAGGUUUCUGGAACAAAAGACAGCAACAAUAUGGGCGACUCAAUACAGAUGACGACUAACCAAACAAAGAAACAAGAAGAAAAGAAAUCUGAUCCAGAACUUGGACCAGCUAGCGUAGAUGAUGCAAAGAUAUCGCAUCAUAGUCUCAAUGGUACAUAUGUUGAUGUAUGGGCUCGGUGGUAGCCUGGUGGUGUUACAUGCGGCCUACAUGGAGUGCGGAAUAUUUCUAGCAAUGAGCAUUAAUCUAGUUUUAGCAGCCCUUAUUGGAUAUUGCGCUUGUAUACUAGUUUGGUCAGCACAGAAACUAUACGGACGAGUCGAAAGGGCGAUACUGUCGUACCCUGACAUGUUAGAAGCCACAAUCCUGCUGUCACCUUGGAAUAAAUUAAGAAAAACAGCUAAAGGUGCUAGAUACCUUUUAGAAUUUACCCUCGUAAUGCACCUGUAUGGCUCUUGUUGUGUCUUCGUCAUCAUGAUAGCUAGAGCUUUGAAGGAGCUAGUGAAUGGAGAUCAUACGAUAAGUGAUGCUGGUGAACCACCUUUGAAGGUCUACAUCAUAUCCCUGAUGAUGCCAUGCGUGGCAAUAUCGAUGGUGAUGGAUUUGAAGACCCUGGCGCCAUUUGCUUUGAUCUGCAAUCUAUAUGCUUUUGCCGUCAUCCUAGUUCUGUUAUGGUAUAGUUUCCAUAACAUAGUGGACAGUCCAGGGGACAGAGCUCCCUAUAAGUCGGUUAUGGGAACUUUUCAGUUUAUGAGCCUAUGUGUAUUCGUCUUGGAGCCUGUCAGCCACUCCUUGGCAGUCGAGAACAAUAUGGAAGAUCCUACGAAGUUCCAUUACGUAGUACUUGGAUCAAUGCCAAUCCACACUGCUUGCAUGGUAACUGUUGGGUUUAUCGGUUACUGGUAUUAUGCUGAGAACUGUGUGUCACCAAUAACAAUGCAUUAUCCUUAUUCGGCGUAA